AUGGAUUCAUGUUUAACACACGAUGUUGAAAAUGAAUAUGACGGAAUUUUUGCAAAAAGCAAAUAUUAUUAUAAAAUCCAUUUAGCAAACACGAGGUAUGAUAUUAUCAGAAGAGUAGUUCAGGAUUCUGAAGAUUGGAUUGAAGCUAAUCCGGAUUCUAAUGAUUGGGAUGUUAUGUGGAUAGACACAUCCAUCUCCGAUGAUAGGUUUAGGAAAUUGAAGAAAUUCCAAAAAAUUAACCAUUUUAUUGGAAUGAAAGGUAUUACAAGAAAAGAUGAAUUAUGCAAAAAUUUAAAAAAAAUGAAAAAGAAUUUUCCGCAAAGUUAUAACUUUUUCCCUCGCACAUGGGUCUUACCAAACGAAAUAUCCGACUUCAAAAAUAAUUUUAAAAAGGAAAAUGGUUCAAAAACGUAUAUUGUUAAGUUAAAAAAUUCAUGUCAAGGAAAAGGUAUUUAUUUAACAAAAAGUUUAGACAAUAUAAACAAAUAUGAAAGUUGCGUAAUUCAAAAGUAUAUUCACAAACCGCUACUGGUAAAUGGUUUGAAGUUCGAUAUCCGAUUAUAUGUUUUGGUAACAGGCUGUGAUCCACUUAGGAUAUUUUUACAUGAAGAAGGUUUAGUAAGAUUUUCAAUAGAAAAAUACAAAUUACCAAAAUCGAAGAAUCUAAAACGGGUGAAUAUGCAUUUAACGAAUUUUUCCAUUAACAAAAAGUCAGAUAAAUUUGAAAAUUCCCUAGAUCCUAACGAUGCAACCACAGGACAUAAAAGAAGUUGGAAAGCAUUUUUACAUAAAUUAAAAGAAGAAGGAUUGCCCAUGGAUUCAGUAAUGAAACGCAUUGAACAUAUGAUUGUUAAAACAAUUUGUUCAAUACAACCUGAAUUGAAGCAUUAUUACAAUUCAGCUCAUAUUAGUGAUUAUUCUAAUAGUAUGUGUUUUGAAAUAUUAGGAUUUGAUAUUUUACUAGAUUAUAAAUUAAAACCUUGGUUACUUGAGGUGAAUCAUUCUCCUUCUUUUGCGACAAGUUCGUUGGUGGAUGAGAAGGUAAAAUAUGCAGUUAUCAGGGACACGUUAGUCAUUUUAUAUAUGCAUUCGAAAUAUAGACAUCUUUAUAUUCAAGAAUAUUUAAAUUUGCAAAAAUUUAGAAAAAAAUAUAAUGAUAUGUUGCUAAAACAUAAAAAAGAAUUAAAAGAAAAGUUAACUUUAAGUCGUUUUCAUUAUGAAAAUAGGAACUUGGGGGGAUAUAAAAGAAUCUAUCCCUUAGCAGAAUUGAUGGAUUAUGAAAAUCUUAUUUUAUUUGUUUCCAAUGCUUGGAAUAAAUCAAUUGGAAUUCCUUAUUCUAUGAAAAGAGAUUCCUUUGAGUAUUUAUUUGAAGAUAACACAAAAAAGAAGAAUCAAUCAAAGGAAAAAUUAGCUAUAACUGACAAUUCAGUGCUAGAAGGGCAUCCAUAUUUGUUAAAUAUGUUGGAAUAUAACAAGUACUAUUACUCAGAUAGGACCAAUGUAAAUAUGAGCAACUGUUCUACCUCUUGUUAG